AUGGUGACCGGCUGCUUUCAGAAAGCGCUGCAUGUCGCCGCAUCCCUCGGCGACAUCCUCCUCCUUUGCCGCAGCCUGCGAAUGCGGAAGGUAGCCACGUCGCUCUCGAGGGCGACAUCUUCCUCCUUUGCCGCAGCCUGCAAAUGCGGAAGGCUUGUCCGCAGCAGCACCCUUCCUCCUGCGCAGGUUGCAGAUCAGCGAGGGCCAAAUGUGAGACCUUCGGUUACUCGUGGCCUGUACCACAACUUCGAUGAGAGUGAAGCCCACGUAGACGCUCCAAUGGGAGCUUACCUGCUCAUGGAAAGCUUCAACCAAAAGUAG